AUGCUGACCAACAACCGCAUCUGGAAGAACCGCACGGUGGACAUCGGCGUCAUCUCGGCCGAGGAGGCUCUCAACUACGGCUUCAGUGGGGUGAUGCUCCGAGGCUCCGGGAUCCACUGGGACCUGCGCAAGACUCAACCCUACGACGUCUACGACCAGGUGGAGUUCGAUGUGCCCAUCGGGUCCCGCGGGGAUUGCUACGACAGGUACCUGUGCCGCGUGGAGGAGAUGCGCCAGUCCCUGCGCAUCAUCCUGCAGUGCCUCAACAAGAUGCCACCAGGGGAGAUCAAGGUGGACGAUGCCAAGGUGUCACCACCCAAACGGGCAGAGAUGAAGACCUCCAUGGAGUCCCUGAUCCAUCACUUCAAGCUCUACACUGAGGGCUACCAGGUGCCACCUGGGGCCACCUACACGGCCAUUGAGGCCCCCAAGGGGGAGUUUGGGGUGUACCUGGUUUCCGAUGGCAGCAGUCGCCCCUAUCGCUGCAAGAUCAAGGCCCCUGGCUUCGCCCACCUG